UGGUUCACUAAUGCGGUCAGUGUGACUGAGCCUACCGGCCGGCUUACCCGCUCCUUCACUUACUACUGACGCUGCCACCACUGCAACAGCUAAUCAAGGGCGGUCACACCAUGAAGAUCUGGACAUCAGAGCACAUAUUCAACCACCCUUGGGAGACGGUGAUCAAUGCUGCUAUGCAGAAGUACCCCAACCCUAUGAACCCCAGUGUGGUUGGAGUGGAUGUUUUGGACAGGAAGGUGGACAAGCAGGGGCGUCUCCACAGCAAAAGACUGCUCAGCACAGAGUGGGGCCUUCCGUCUAUAGUGAAAUCUAUCAUCGGUAACACACGAACAUGCACGUAUGUCCAGGAGCAGUCUGUUGUGGAUCCCAACAAGAAGUCAUUUGAACUUCAGUCCUCGAAUAUCACUUUCACAAACAUGGUGUCUGUGGAUGAGAGGUUAACAUACAAGCCACACCCUGAAGAUCCGGACAAAACAAUACUGACCCAGGAGGCCAUCAUCUCUGUGAAGGGAGUCAGUCUCAGCAGUUACCUGGAGGGAGUUAUGGCCAGCACCAUCUCCACUAAUGCUGGCAAGGGACGUGAGGCCAUGGAGUGGGUAAUCAGGCGGCUGAAUGCAGAAAUAGAGGAACUGGCAGCCACAGCCCGUGGGACCAUACGCACACCGAUGGCCGCCGCAGUCACCGAGAAAUGACAACCCCCUCUUUGCUUCUCCCAAGUAUAUAGUCAAACCUUGUGCCAGUACAACCACCCUCCCUUUAUGAUGCUCUAGUGCUGCUCUAUUUUUUUAUUUUGUUUUUGCACCACUGAAGGGUGCAUUUCAUCCAUCUUAUAUGUGCUAUUAUCUAUAUUAGAUAUAUUUCAUGGAGCAGACUGCAACAUAAAGGGAUUGUGAGGAGUACUUAGAGGGGAUGCUGCCUGGCAGGCCUGCACUGAGAGACUUGGGGAAAUGUGGGUGGCACACUCAGGGACUUGGUCUAAUGCCAUUGAAGAGAGGCCAAUGUUACUAGAGAGGCAGAAGAGGCAUCGGAACGUGAAAAAAAAGGUGCCAAAGUAAACACACUACUCUUUGUCUAGUCUCAUAAAAGUACCUUCGCCAGAAAUGUUUGCAUCUGGCACAAGACUUCAAAAUGCCAGUACCAUAAACCCUGUGGGUUUACGACGACAAGGUUGUAAGGAAGCUGCGUGGUGAGGUGUAUAGAAGAAGCAGUGGGAAAGUCCUAGUUGAGCUCUGAUGGUAGAAAAACAAUGCCUUGUUGAGUCAGGGUCAUGUGCAAUGCAUGCCCAGAGUACAUGGAUGUGUGCUCAGGUUUCAGAAUAAAUACUAGGAUUUUAACACAGCUGCUGACAGUAAAAUGUUAAUGCAAUGUUUCACAGUCAGAUAUGUUUAUGUACGAACCAUUUUCUCAACAAUGUUUUCAACCUCAGUAAUAACAAGAAACUGUGUAACUGUGCAUAUUCAAGCUUGAAUAUAGCUACUGUAUUUUGUUAAUAUUUAAUAACUAAUAUUGACUAUUUAACUGACAUGAAGGGAUCAAGGUACAUGCCAUACUGUUUGUGGAUGAAGUAAUGUAGAGGACCAUCUCAAAUGCAGUGUGUCAGUAUAACUCAUGCUCUUCGGUUUGACAUUUAGAGGUAAACUGCAGCGUAAAAUCAUGUGUCUUUUAUUAGUAACAAACGCAUACUGUAGCUGAAUGUGUCUGCUGAGCUCAUGUGGUUUCACUGAUGCAAAAGAAUGUCGUUACCAUUGGUUUUCCAAAGAACCAAGCAUGUCUUCUGAAUGCGUAAGACCUUUGCAUAGGAAUUAGCUUGAUAUUAGCUUCUAGUUUGUGAAAGUAUUGGUAUAAGCAUGAGAGAUCAAAUGUGGUUACAACAUGCAUCUGAGACUGUUUCCCUUCAUGAAACAGACAUUGCUCCAUCCGUAUGAUGAUGGUGAAAGUUUUAGUUUCUUAAAAUUUAGUUGUUUUCUUUAAUAGGAAUAUUUAUUUACUGACAGGAAUGGCUGCGAGGGAGUGAAUUGUAAUUUGGGUUGGUCAUUGAUAACUCACUUUGUAAGAAGUUAUUUUUGGAUUUUAUCUGGGUGCUUCUAAAAAAAAAACAAAUGGUCUCACCAGCCUUAGAACACAUGUGGUAGCUAAAUAACAUUUUAAUGCACAAUGGAAAAGUUUAACAGAAGAUCUGUUCACCUAAUUCCUCGCAUUUUAUGUACCAGAGAAUAUAACAACAAAAAUGCCUCUAGGUUGUAAAUUUUUGAUCUAUUUUGGAAUUCAAUGUGCCGUUCUGUUUUUGAAUUAGCAUGUUCUAGAUGUACUUAAGCAAUAUUUAACAUGUAGUGUGUAUUUAUGAAAAUGAAUGAUAGUAUUCUAGUUUGAAGUAGCAAAGUGGUACAGUAGUCAGUGGCACUGAAAGACAUGGUAUGUCCAACACUUGUUGUGUGACCAUAUAAUUCUGACAAAUUAUUAGCUUGAGGGUCUUUGGAAGUAUGAGAGCAUGUGGUGGUGAGAGGCAAAGUACCAAAGCAACUGAAAUGUACACAUUCCAAAAUUUAAUGUCAUUUGGUGGGUGUUCAAAUGUACCCCUCCACCACCACCACCUAGAAGUUGCCCAAUACAACCCACUGAUCCAUUUUAUAUAUGUAUUUUGGUCAGUGAAUUGGCUCCAUUUUUCUGUCUGAGAAGUAUUUGUUAAGGCUCAUAUGCUGCCUCAAGGUGGCCAAAUGCUAAAUCCUUCUUACUUACCCAUAAACUGAUAAAGAGGAGUAACAUAAGUAAAAAGAUGCAGAUUUUAUGUAAUGCUGUCAUUUUACCAUUUGGAAAAAAACAAUGGUCAGUUGUCUUACCUUGCUCAUGUAAACCAAGAUUGUGGACUAAAAUGCUGUUACUGGACAAAAGUGUGACAUGAAUGGUUGAAAAAUAAAAGCAUCUGAAAUGUUA